AUGCAGAAACCAUUCAUUCGCCAAAAAUCGCUCGAAAAAAUUUUGGAAGAAAGUGAUGUUAUCAAAUUUGAAUAUUCUGCAUACAGAAAUAUAGAACAAAUUUCAAGAGGUGGAUUUAGUACUGUUAAUUCGGCAGAUUAUAAUGGAAAAAAGGUCGCAUUGAAAAGCUUUAAUGAUGACAAAGUGAAUAAAAACUUUCUUAACAAGCUUAAAAUAUUACAUGCUAUUAAUCUCCAUCCUAAUAUCAUUCAAUUCCAUGGAAUUACAUGCGAACUCAAUCCUGAUUUAGACGCAACAUGUGUUUUAGAUGCAACAGAUUUAGACGCAAUAUCUGUCAUAGAUGCAACAGAUUUAGACGCAACAUCUGUCUUAGAUGCAACAGAUUUAGACGCAACAUCUGUCUUAGAUGAAACAGAUUUAGACGCAACAUCUGUCUUAGAUGCAACAGAUUUAGACGCAAUAUGUAUCUUAGAUGCAACAGAAUCGAAUAUUUCUCAUCCUACUAAAUGGUUUGAAAAAAUAAAGGAUAAUAUUUCUGAAAUUCUUGAGAAUCUUAAUUUAAAAUCAAAGAAAGAAACAAUACAAUUUAUUGAAGCACCUACCUUAGACACAACAGAAUCAAAUAUUUCCUGUGAUUCAACAUGGUUCGAAAUAACAAAAGACAGUAUUGCCGAAUAUGGGUUUUCUGUAUUUGAAAAUAAAAAAGUAAUUGGAAAAGGUGGAUUUGGUGUUGUUUAUUCGGCAGAAUAUAAUGGAGAAAAAUUCGCAUUAAAAAGCCUUGACAAUGACGAUGUUAAUAAAGAAGUGUCCAAAGAAUUUAUUAAAGGUGAUAAAUAA